CUUUGGGUAUAGGGUAUAUAUAGCAGGGUCUCGGCACUGAAGGGGUAUUGAAUCCAGAGCCUCACGGCAGGCAAAAUGAAGACAUUACUAGUGCUUUGCCUGUGCAUCAGUGCGUCCUUGGCUGAUGUGCUGGAGUACGACGACUAUGACUUGGACCCAAAGGAUAAAGGGACCACAGCAAUUGAUCCCAGAGGUCACCGGCCAAGCUCUAGAGGUCGCGAUGCUUACGUGCCGAGUGGUGGCGCACCCCCUCCCGUCUCCGGUCGUGGCCGUUACCGCGGGAGACCAACAGCUGCACCAGUGACACCAGUGGAAGAGGAGAGUGUUGAGCAGCCAGAUGCAGGAGGUUGUACUCACGCUUCAAAGCAAAUGGGCGUGAUCUGUCCCACUGGCUGUGAGCUGAAGGACACCGUUAGGAAACAAGAGCGUAACAUCAAACCUACCGUGGCCGAUCUGAAGAGAAGCGUGGACGAGCUUAGCCGCAACACCAACUCUGUCUCCAGAUACAUAGAUGGAUUGUCUGACGAACUGCGUGAGCGCCAGAAAGUGACGGACGGCAACGGGCAGCUGGUCGGCGAGUACACCAACGAUAUUGAGUCUCAGCAUGCCUUCAUCAAGGAGGCCGUGAAUACUAACUUCCCCAGCAACAUCCGUAUCCUGCAGGGCAUCCUGCAGUCAAUUAGGACCAAGAUUCUUCGUGUGAACACGGCCCUCGUGGCCCAACGGGAUAAGUGCACGACACAGUGCACCGUCUCCUGCCCCAUCCCUGUCGUGUCCGGCAAGGAGUGCGAGGACAUCUUCCGCAAAGGCGGCACCGAGUCCCAGAUGUACUACAUCCGGCCCGACUCAUUCUUCAAGCCCUACAGGGUGUACUGCGACCAGACCACACUCGAUGGAGGCUGGACUACUAUCCAGAACCGUAUGGAUGGUAGUGUGGAUUUCGGCCGUCGCUGGGACGAAUACAGGAGAGGUUUUGGAAACAUUGCUUUUGACACAGGCAAAAAGUACUGCAAUACUCCAGGAGAGUACUGGCUUGGCAAUGACCGCAUCAGCCAGCUCACCAAGAUGGGCCCUACUGAGAUUCUUUUUGAUAUGGAAGACUGGACAGGUGCCAAGACCCAGGCACGGUACCAGCAGUUCACCGUGCAGGGCGAGACCUCCAACUACAUCUUGUCCAUCGACGGCUAUUCUGGCACAGCGGGUGACACCCUGCUGACUGGCGCCACGGAGCUGUUUGGGGAGAACCGCACCAUGACCAUUCACAACGGCAUGAUGUUCAGCACAUACGACCGUGACAACGACAAAUGGGUCCCUGGUGACCCCAUGAAACAGUGCUCCAAAGAAGACGGCGGCGGCUGGUGGUACCAUCGAUGUCACUCGGCCAAUCCCAACGGCCGAUACUACUGGGGAGGAUCCUACACCAAGUACAUGGCCAAGCACGGCACAGACGAUGGCAUGGUGUGGAUGAACUGGAAGGGAUCCUGGUACUCUCUGAAGUCUAUGUGCAUGAAGAUCAGACCGUUCUUCCAGCAGUAGUGGCAAGCGAACACACAGUGCUCAGAGACACUGAGGGAUGUUGGGUCGACAUGCAAAGUGUGAGGAGAGACGGGUCUUUCAACAAUGAACACCUGCACAUGUGUGCUCUCUGAAGAAGAUGGAGACCAGACUGGACAUGCAGCCAAAAAAAAUGCUGAGAAAAAGAUAAAAUUUAGGUGAUAGAUUUUCCAGUUGUGUUAUAUUUAUUAUAGCAAAAUACAUUGAUUAUUGAUCACAGUUGUUUCGGAACUGUUGAUGAUAUUAAAUGAGGUUUAUAAAGCAGAGAAAAGCUCCUCAGCGAUUCGCAUUAACAUUGUUUUUCAUGCUGUACAGUAACAUGAUGCUGAAGAUAUAAACUUGUGUGUGUUCAAAGUGGAAAAUCAAGACUCACACUCAUUAAAGUCUCUCACAAAAUA